CCCAAUAAAACUGGCUCUCUUCUCUCCUCUUCUUUGCCUUCAUCCAAGAGUCUUCUCCCGCCACCCAACCACCGCUGUAUGAUCUUUUUGGUGGCGGCUAUUACCCCAUCUAUUUGUUAGUUUUAUUGAUAUGGGUUGCGGUGGCUCAAGGCUAGGAGGUGCAGCGUCGGCGAGAGCGGGUGAGGGCGGCGUUGUGCCACUUCCGGAGGGAAUACGUCCGCUUCUCCGGCGGAGGUUAGAGGAGAUGAAGAAACGGAGCCAUGCAAGCGUCUUGAAAGGGAGCCAGACGCAGUCGAAGAAGGAGCUUCUAAGGCACGGCUCCUCUGAGGACGGGGAAGAGGCGGAGGAGAGCGACGACAGCUUGAAGUUGUCGGCUAAGGUGGCUCCUGCGCCUGAUCAUCACGUGGAAGAGAAGAAAGAAGUUAUUUAUGAGAAGGUUUCUUCGAUAAAGGAUGUAAAAGAGGGGGAAGAGGUUGUGAAGAAACAAGAUGAGAAAAUUGAUGGUCUCAUCUCUGUUAAGAAAGAAAGAAAUGAUGGUGGUCAUGACGAGGACAUCAUUGUUAAGAAUCAAGGAGAUGAUGAUCAUGAUGAAGGGAGGAUGAGCAAUUUUGAUGAGAGGAUGAUAUGUCCUGGAUCUCCAAGUUUUAGGGUUUAUUGCAUUAAUGUUACUUCUUCUGAUGAUGACGAUGAUGAUGAUGAUGCUGAUGAUAAAGAAAAAAAUGGUGAAGACAGGGGAAAGUCUAUGGAAACCGAAAGUGUCAUCAUAGAGUCAAAAGAGACUACUACACAGCAAAAUGAAAGCAUCGUCAAAAAGAAGAAAAAAGAAAGAAAAGGAAAGAGAUUUGGAAUGGCAUUGCCAAGGAAGUAUUUAGCAAAUGUAACUGCACCGUGCUAUGCUGGUGUUGGCAGAGGAUGCAUGGGCAACAACACUCAUUCUCGUGUGGUGCAAGAAAAAUCGAGCCAGUGAUCAAACAUACAAAAUAUGCUUGCCAUCUUUGUCGAAGGACGAACGGUGUGUGGUGUGUAACGUACGAAGCGAUGAAUAAUCAGAAAGCACCCAACCAUGGAAACUACUAUAAUAAGCUUUUAAUUAGACAUUUGUUUUGUUUUGAGUUACUCUUGUUUCAGAAUUUGUAUACAACCUCUUGUUCAUCUAUGCUUUCUCUGAGGAUAAAUUAGCGUGUGACGAACUUUGCUGUUUUUUAUUUCGCGUGAAAAGAUGUAAGUAGUUGAACUUGUGCAAUAAACA